CCCCAUUCAUUCCCGCCCACCGCCGGCGCAGUGAGCCUGUGGGCGGGGCUUCAUGUCAGAUUCGGGCUGCUGCUGCCCCAAGCACAGUGUGCUACGCCGGCUCUGAAACAACAUGGCGCUGAAAAGGAUCCAGAAGGAGCUGAUGGAUUUACAGAGGGAUCCUCCAGCACAGUGUUCAGCUGGUCCCGUGGGAGAGGACUUAUUCCACUGGCAGGCGACCAUUAUGGGCCCUAAUGACAGUCCCUUCCAAGGUGGAGUUUUCUUCCUCACAAUUCACUUUCCCACAGAUUACCCCUUUAAACCUCCCAAGGUGGCGUUUACAACGAAGAUUUAUCACCCUAAUAUAAACAGCAACGGAAGCAUCUGCCUGGAUAUCCUCCGGAGCCAGUGGUCGCCAGCCCUGACUGUGUCCAAAGUACUGCUAUCCAUCUGUUCUUUACUCUGUGACCCAAACCCCGACGAUCCUCUGGUGCCAGAGAUUGCUCACACGUACAAAGCAGAUCGGGAGAAGUACAACAGACUAGCAAGAGAAUGGACACAGAAAUAUGCAAUGUAAUGCUCCCAUAAUAGCUCAGCCAGACUGACAGACUGGAGAGGGGAGAGAGGCCAGGCCCUCCCUCAUCCCCUUGAUAUCAUUUUGUGCCAACAUGCUCGCAAUGUUUUUAUAUCAACUCCGAACCAAAAGAAAAAAAUCCCAGAAACUCCAAGGAUGAGCCCCACCACGCAUAUGCCUCCCCUGGCCUGGCUGAGAACCAAUCCUGCCCUCUCCCAUUGAAAUCUGCUGCUGUGAUAUCACUCUGCCUCCCCGUGUUUAUUUUUUCACCCCCCACCCCCCCAUCUUGCAAAGCCCUUGUCCUGCUUUGCACUGUGAAGACCUCCCUUGGAUCUUGUGCAAGAAGCUCAUAUCACUUUACCUACUUUAAAUAACUCAGGACACCAGAUGUUGAAUUGGGGUGGGUCCCAGGAACCCGACCCCCUUUUUUUCCCUUCUACUGUCUCCCACACCAGAAUGACAUGGUUGGCAACUGCCAUUUUGCAGGAAGGAAAGAGAGAGACAAUAUUGCACCUUUGGAAAGUAGCGUGGGAGUGUCCAUGUCAAGGCCCUCGAGGAAUCCUCUCAAGGGAAAAGUUCAUCUUGAAUGCAUUAUCUGCCAUAUUACCCUUCCAAGAGCAAAGGAGUCUGGGAAAAACAUGGCACAGCUCACAACACUGCAGUUUUUAAUGGUUACAACCCUUGAGUGGGUGACACAAUUUUUCAGUGUACAAUAUUUCUGCUGAGAGCGGUUUUCUGAAUGCCAUCACUGUCCAGAGAAUCCUUUUAUGUGUGUAGGUGAUCAGUAGCUAUUAGUAGUAUAUGUGCUCCUUAACAUUUCAACAUCAUGGCUGCCUAAUCCAGCUGCCAUAUUUUUUUUUUCUUUUAAUUAGACCCUAAUAAUUCCUGUAGUUAAUACUAACUUCCUGCAUGUUUUUCUUUUUCUGUGGGAUACCUGAGAAAAGCCUAUCACGUUCACACUCAGGGCUCCAGUAUACGAGGCAUCAGUUAACACUUCAGCAUCCUUUCAUGGCGGAACGUAGUUAGAGGCUGCGCAAGAGUUAAAUGCUUGCCGUUCCUACCUGCUGAGCAAUGUACUACAGGUAUGAGCAAUGUUUGAAGGGCCUGCCCUGUGCGCUGCGCCCCGUCCCAGCCUACCUCAUUCUGAAUACUGGGACAAACUGCACCAGGCUUGCAAAGCUGUGCACACGUGGGUAUAAUGCUGCACGGCCUCUGCUUCUGUCUAUUUAGAAACCCAAUCUCCCCCACAAGGAUGCUCCAGAAGUAGGAUUCACUGUGUCAGCAUCUCUGCCUACUAUAUAAUGAUGCCGAGUGCCUGAAGAAUAGUAUAGAACAUGCUGCUGAAUGAAUUCACUUGCUGUACUGUCUAUAUACGUACGAGUUCCUAUUGGUAAAAAUGUCAAUUUUCUGUGAUGUUCCUCAAAGGCAGCUUUUUAGGGGUCCUGUAGAUUCAGAUCAAAAUAAUUAGAAUGCGUAGGCCUGCUUUCUCAAGCUGUGCAUGAUAAUACUCUGCAUCACUAUACAAAGCAGCAGUUGGUGUUACCUGUGAAAUUUUACCUGUUACUAAUCAUCCCAAGUCCCAUUUACAGUAUGGUAAUCCUACAGGCUAAGUGACUUGUACUCCCACCAAUACCUGUGGGCACAACCUGCCUGAAUUAACUAUAUGUCAUAAUAAUAGAGGUUUGUGUGUGUGUGUCAUAAGGCCUUGUGCACACUACAGACUGAGGCUCAUGGCACGCCUUGAAAAGCUGUCCAUCAUUGGCAGUAAUUGAAAUCUGCCUGACACUGCUGCCACAGGGGAUUUCAGCCCAAAAUGUGCAUUUUAACACACAAUCUAGUAAUGGCAGGCAGAUUUCCAUUAUAGUUAAUGAUAGGCAGCACAAGGGUGAAGAGACUUAAGGGGUCCACACCCCUAAUGCUCAUUAUUGCUCCCCCCCUGCUCUUUGUCUUGAGCGCAGCCCUGUCCUUAGGGCAGGUGGUAAUUGGUGCGGGCUGCAUGUCCUUCUGCUCCCUUCCUUGCAUGUUUAAAUGACAUACAGUGUUGGGGCCGGUAGGACACUUGUUUGCCUCCCCCCCACUUCUCUUGGAUCCGACACUAACACAGUCAGCGCUGGUUCCAAAGGCUGUGCGGCAGGUCUCUGUGCUCUGAAAUUGAGUGGCAAUAUGCAUAUGGCGGAACGAAGUUUGCAAAGUGCAGAAUAACUGAGGACGGUGGCCUUUUUUUUUUUACACUUUGCACACUGCCUUCGGCUUCACAAAUGAAGCCUUUUUAUGUGCUAUGAGCACUGCAAGUCUCCGUUAUUUAUCCACUACAAGCUGUUAUCUGAUAGUAUGUAUGAUGUAUGAUAUAUACUAUACACGCGCACAAAAUGUCUUUGGUUAAAGACUUUCUGCCCAAUGUAUUGGUUGAUUCAAAACAAAUACGUUAAUGAAGAAAACCUCUACAUUAAUGGGGUUAUGUAAUUAAAGACACCAAGGGGCAUGUUUAUUAUUAUGUGUAAGCCUAUAGCAACAGAUCUUUGCUUGUGUUUUCUAACGUGUAGGUGACCGUUCAAAUCUAAUUGCUGAGUGGUUGCUAUGGGCAACAUCACUGGUGCUGUUAGCUUACAUAUUAUAAUAAAUAUACCCCCAGGGGGCGUAUUUAUUAACAUCGGAGACAAACAUCACCAGUGAUGUUGCCCAUAGCAACCAAUUAGCAAUUAGAUUUGAACAGUCACCUACAAAUUAGAAAACAAAAGCAAAGAUCUGAUUGGUUGCUAUGGGCAACAUCACUGGUGUCUCCAGUGUUAAUAAAUACACCCCUAGGUUUGGCCAGGAGCAGUAACCUAUACCAACCAGCCAGCAGGAAGUCUUUACUGGUCACUUGUUUAAAAACAAACAUCUUAAUGGUUGCUGCUGGUUACUUCUCCUGGGCAAACAUUUUAUUACAUAUGGGGGGCAAUAUAUACAGGAUAUUACUCCUGGUGACUAUAAAGGGGUAUUAUGAUGUCUGUUUCUGUAAGUUCCAUAGUGCUAUUUCACAUUCUUCUAUUUUACUUUUAUUGGUGUUUUUCAGUUGAUACACUGUGCUGUGGCCCAUAUUAACAUAUGGAGAAAAGCAUUAACAUAGAGAAAGGUUAUAUUAAGCUUUACCAGUGCUACAGGAGGAGCAUGAAAGGGUUGCUGUUGUGAUAUUUGGUAAAUGAAGAUCUUUCAUCCCUUUGCCACCAACCAGUGUUUGAUCCUUGGAUCUGUAUGUAUUAGGGUUAGGAUUCAAGUCAGUGGUGGGCAGCAAGGGGCAAUUUUGGGUGUUCUAUUUCCAGCCGGUGCUAAGUGUGCCGUCAGCAUAUGGGUAUUCAGGGUGGCAGAAGCAGUGGUCACAGUCUGCUUGACUAAAUCCCAUAGAGAUCUAUGGAAAAUGUGCUGCCUAAAGCAUUGAGGAGGCAUUACACCCCCAGCUCUUUCCUGUUGAUCACUGUGGAAAAUGGUGCAAGGUUGAUAAGGGGACAUUUGACCAUUGCUCUGUUUAGCCUGAUAACAGUAGAAGUCAAGACUCUAACGUGACAUUAUCGAUAAAAGUGAGUAACUUAAAAAGAAUGUAGAUUGGUGUUAGAAAUAGCAAGAUGGAGCAGGAUAGUAGGGAUGUACUAAAUCCUCUUGUGUUGGGAUUUGGCCAUAUCCUGAAUCUUUCAUGAAGGAAUUGGCCUAAUUUCCAUAUGUGAAAGGGUUAAAAAGGACAGCAACACAGUCCCUUGGAUUUAGCCAAAUCCCAAACUGGAUAAAGGAUUGGGGGCAUCCCUAUGGAAUAGCCACAGUAUGGAUUUGAUUACAUAAAUAUGAUGGAGAAUAUUCCGGUAGUUACACAAAAAGAAAGAUAUUUGAAUGUGCAUGUGCUGUUGCCUAAAGGAAGUCCAUUUUCCAGACAGGGCAGUGCAUGUGGCGAAUGAGAAGCAAUCAGUACCCUGAUUUCUACACCUCCUGUUCUGCAGAGCAGCACAAAUAGAACUUGAGCCAAGCUGUUCUGAGCUACAGCUCCCAGCAUGAUCCACCAUUGUGGGAAUUGUAGGGAAAGUGUCUGGAAGGCAGCUUCUACAAGCACAUACAACUUCAAAUCUCUUGUCCAGGCAGUCUCUCCCUUCAGCAUUGUAUAAUAUAUGUAUGUAUAGAUCUAUUUGUAGAUAUAUUUAAAUAUUUGUGAAUGUUUUUAAAAUCCUGUUACACAUUGGAGCACAUAAGCUCUUUUUAGAGAAAAGUUAACAGUUACUAUUUCACAGCCAAGUAUAGUAUUCAGUGCAUUGAUGGCUACCAGAUUGUGCAGUUUGGCUAUAUCAGAUCUGCUUAUCCCUAUUUUCUCUCAGGAAAUGCUCUGACUCCUUGACAAUUAUCAUCAGGGGUGUCUUUAGCGGUAACAGUGGGGCCCAGGGCAGAACAUACUUUUCAGGAUUACCCAACCCACUAUACCUUGAUUUGAUUUUAUACCUGCUA